AUGUCGAUUUCACUCACUCCAGCAUCAAUCGUAUCUCAACGCCAACAUAUUUGUUCCUCUUCAUCUCAAUCUUUACUCUCCACACAAACAGGAGACGUAAAAAGAGUGAAGGGAGAAUGUUUACCGCCCGAAGAAAGCGUAUGGUACCUCUUCAAUGUUGGCGACGAGCAAAAAAAAAUCCAGAGAACAUAUUCAGGGCUGGGAAAUUAUGUUAUCUUUCUAUUACAAGCAGUUAUAGAAGUAUGUCUUCAUUUCGUGAGGCUGCAUUUCCUUCUGAUUCUUUCUGUUCUUCAUUUUUCUUGGACUGAGGCAUUUGAUUUAUAUGAACUGGUUUUGAUGCAGUGUAACCGUGGGAAACUGUUCUUGAUGCAGGGCUUUUUGGGCUACAAUUUUGAAAUUGUAAUUCGACUAUCCAUAUUGUGCUUAGCAAGAAAAUGGAUUUCUGAAAUUGCUACUCUUGGAGCAUCAAGAUUAAUACUCCUCAAGCUCUCUGCUAAACCCGAACCCGUGUCUCAAUACAAGAAAGAUUGA